AUGGCACUUCAAGAAAGAUCAGACAAUUGGCUGUGGAAACAUGUUCUUAAAUUAAACGAUUCUAUACAGUGCAAUAUUUGUAAUAAAAUUUAUAAAAUGACUGAUGCUAAAAAAGAUAGAGAGAUGACAUUAAUAAAAGGACAUUUAUACCAUGAGCAUGGAGAAUACGAUAAAAAAGAUCGGUUAGAAUGGGAAAACAACAAUGACUUAAUAUGGCAAUAUUUCGACAAAACAAAUUUAUAUACAGCAAAAUGUAAAUUUUGUGGCUGUUGUAUUCAUCACUCAUAUGUACCAAAUAUAAAGUUGCAUCUGCGAAACCACCAUCAAGAAAUAAGAACUGAUAUACAAAAAAAAAUUGCGGAUAAGUCUCUAUGGCAAUAUUUCGAAAUUUAUGAAGAAAAAUUUAGUGCAUGGUGCAAACGUUGCGAUGUUAAACUGGACAUAUUUUACGGGACAGAUGUCUUAAUAAAUCAUAUUUGUUCUAAAAGGAAUAAAUCUUUAAGAUCUCGACAAGAACCUGAAGAUAAACCUGAUGUGAACAGAAUGACACAACAAUCUGUAGUCGAUGAAAAUACAAAUUCAAGUUCCUAUCAUGAUAAUUUAAAUAAAGUUUUUGGAAAUCGAGAAAAUCAACAAAGUAACACAUCGCGAUAUUGUACGAAAAUAAGCUCGACAUGGAUCAAACGAUCGAAUGUGGCAGCUCGAGAAAGAUCAUAUAAUCAUUGGAUGUGGAAAUAUGUUUCUAAAUUAAACAAAUUCACUGUAAAGUGCAAUAAUUGUAAUAAAACUUAUUCUAAUAAACAUCGUAUAAGUAAAUUGAUACCAUCAAUGAUAACACAUUUAUACUAUAAGCAUAAAAUAUGGAAUGAAAAGGAUCGCUUAAAAUGGGAAAACAAUAAUAACUUGAUAUGGCAAUAUUUUGACAAAGUAGACUUAUUCAAAGGAAAAUGUAAAUUUUGUAAGCUUUUUUGUCAAGGAAUAUUUACAGGAAAUCUAAAAAUGCAUCUACAAAGAAAGCAUAGUCAAGAAAUAAGAGCUAUUGUACAAAAAGUAAUUGCAAAUAAGUCGCUAUCACAAUAUUUUGAAGUUUGCAAGAAAAACUUUAUUGCAAGGUGCAAACGUUGCCAUGCUCUACUGGACAUAUUUUACGGGACAGAUGCCUUAAUACACCACAUUUGUUUUGAAAAGGAUAAUUCUUUAAGAUCUCCACAAAAACCUGGAGAUAAUGAUGUUAACAGAAUGGCACAACAAUCUAUAGUCAUUGAAAAUGCAAAUAUAAGCUUCCAUCGUGAUGAUAUAAAUAGACAAGCUCCUCGAAAUCAAGACCAACAAAGUAUACACAUAUCGCGACUCUCUGUGAAUACAAUGGCACUUCAAGAAAGAUCAGACAAUUGGCUGCGGAAACAUGUUCUUAUAUUAAACGAUUCUAUACAGUGCAAUAUUUGUGAUAAAGUUUAUAAGAUUAAUCCCGAAAGUAGAAAUAGAACGAUAAAAAUAAUAAAAGGACAUUUAUACCAUGAGCAUAAAAAAUACGAUGAAAAAGAUCGUUUAGAAUGGGAAAAUAACAAUGAUUUAAUAUGGCAAUAUUUCGACAAAACAAAUUUAUAUACAGCAGAAUGUAAAUUUUGUGGCCGUUGUAUUCAUCGUUCAUAUCUACCAAGUAUAAGGUGGCAUCUGCAAAAUCACCUUCAAGAAAUAAGAGCUAGUAUAAAAAAAAAAAUUGCGGAUAAGUCUCUAUGGCAAUAUUUCGAAAUUUAUGAAGAAAAAUUUAGUGCAUGGUGCAAACGUUGCGAUGUUAAACUGGACAUAUUUUACGGGACAGAUGUCUUAAUAAAUCAUAUUUGUUCUAAAAGGAAUAAAUCUUUAAGAUCUCGACAAGAACCUGAAGAUAAACCUGAUGUGAACAGAAUGACACAACAAUCUGUAGUCGAUGAAAAUACAAAUUCAAGUUCCUAUCAUGAUAAUUUAAAUAAAGUUUUUGGAAAUCGAGAAAAUCAACAAAGUAACACAUCGCGAUAUUGUACGAAAAUAAGCUCGACAGGGGUCAAACGAUCGAAUCUGGCAGAAAGAUCAUAUAAUCAUUGGAUGUGGAAAUAUGUUUCUAAAUUAAACAAAUUCACUAUAAAGUGCAAUAAUUGUGAUAAAAUUUAUUAUAAUAAAUGCGGUAUUCAUUUAUACCAAUUUAUACUAUCAAUAAAGGUACAUUUAUACUAUAAGCAUAAAAUAUGGAAUGAAAAGGAUCGCUUAAAAUGGGAAAACAAUAAUAACUUGAUAUGGCAAUAUUGUGACAAAGUAGACUUAUUCAAAGGAAAAUGUAAAUUUUGUGAGUAUCUUUGUCUGGGAAGAAAAGUAGGAAGUCUAAAACUGCAUCUAGAAAGAAAACAUAGUCAAGAAAUAAGAGCUAUUGUACAAAAAGAAAUUGCAAAUAAGUCGCUAUCGCAAUAUUUUGAAGUUUGUGAAGAAAACUUUACUUUUGCAAGGUGCAAACGUUGCCAUGAUGUACUGGACAUAUUUUACGGGACAGAUGCCUUAAUACACCACAUUUGUUUUGAAAAGGAUAAUUCUUUAAGAUCUCCACAAAAACCUGGAGAUAAUGAUGUUAACAGAAUGGCACAACAAUCUAUAGUCAUUGAAAAUGCAAAUAUAAGCUUCCAUCGUGAUGAUAUAAAUAGGCAAGAUCCUCGAAAUCAAGAAAAAUAUGAAAAAGAAGCUGCAGAUAAUAGCGAGUAUAUAAUGAUGCAACAUGACGUAGCAGCAGAAAAUAUGAAUACGCGUUAUUAUUAUGGAAGUACAUAUUGGCAUAAUCUUGAAAAUCAAGAAGGUCAACAAAGUUCUGAAGAAAAUUACAUAAAUAACAUAGUAUCCCAUGCUCAUGACGUUUCGGAUGUAAGUUCUCGUCAUGACGAUACAAACUGGCAAACUUUUGGAUAUCAAGUAAAUCAACAGAGAAUGAUGCAUCAACUUGUGGCAGCAGAAAAUAUGGCGACAAAUUCUUAUAAUGACGAUACAACUUUGCAAGCGCUUGGAAAUCAAGAAAAUCAAUAA